UGUGCCUCUCCCACCAUAAAAUUUUCCAUUUCAGUAGAGAAUUCCGGAUGUUUAGGUCUUUUUUUUUUUUUUUUUUUUUUUGGGUAUUUUAUCCUAUAUAAAACCCUAAAUAAAAAGUUGUCCAUGAGGCCGAUUAUGUUUGUGUCUUCAAUGCUAUUGUUGGUUUGUGGCUAUUAAUUUCCAUGUGGCCUCGUCAAAAACAGGGAAAAUUGUGAGGACAGGAUAUUUCAUAUUACUAACACAUGGAUGGCUGAAAAUGAAUUCUGCGAAAAAAAAAAAAAAAAAAACACAAGUCCACAGGAAGCAUUUCAUAUUCUCUACCUCACACACAAAGUGUUCGAGUAAAAACAGUAGGAAAGAACAACAAUGGAAGCUCUAUUGUCUUCCACUGCUCUUCAACUCAAACCCAUUCACCCUUCCUCUUCUUUCUCUUCUUUUCACUCACCAUUUUCUUCUACCUCUGUUCUUAGAGUAAAGGGUAACAGAAAAGCUGAAAAUCUUAUUCAAAAGAGCCAUUUUUCCACUGUUUUGCCCCUUAGAGUUUCAGCAAGUUCACAAGCUGCACCUGUUGAAACAUCAACAAGCACUUCUAUUCCUUCUGAAAUGAAAGCUUGGAGUUAUACUGAUUAUGGAAGUGUUGAUGUUUUGAAGUUUGAGUCUAAUGUUUCAGUUCCUGAAAUUAAGGAAGAUCAAGUCUUGAUUAAGGUUGUUGCUGCUGCCCUUAACCCUGUUGAUUUUAAACGUCGGCUCGGAAAAUUCAAAGCCACUGAUUCUCCACUUCCUACUGUGCCAGGUUAUGAUGUUGCCGGUGUGGUAGUGAAAGUUGGUAGUCAAGUAAAGGAGUUAAAAGAAGGAGAUGAAGUGUACGGAGAUAUACACGAGAAAGCACUAGAUGGACCAAAGCAAUAUGGAUCUUUAGCUGAGUACACCGCUGUUGAAGAGAAACUAGUUGCUUUGAAACCAAAGAAUCUUAGUUUUGCAGAUGCUGCUGCUCUUCCUCUAGCUAUUGAGACUGCUUAUGAAGGUAUUGAGAAAGCUGGAUUUUCUUCUGGCAAAUCCAUUCUUGUUUUGGGAGGUGCUGGUGGUGUUGGAUCCCUUGUAAUCCAGCUUGCUAAACACGUAUUUGGUGCUUCAAAAAUAGCAGCUACUUCAAGCACUGGGAAGUUGGAACUCCUGAAAAGCUUAGGAGCUGAUUUAGCUAUUGACUACACCAAGGAGAAUUUUGAAGAUCUGCCUGACAAGUUUGAUGUUGUUUAUGAUUCAGUUGGUCAGGGCGAAAAGGCGGUGAAGGCAGUGAAGGAAGGUGGAAGUGUGGUAGUGCUAACAGGGGCAGUAACACCACCAGGUUUUAGAUUUGUAGUGACAUCAAAUGCAGAGAAGUUGAAGAAACUGAACCCAUACUUGGAGAGUGGGAAGGUGAAACCAGUGAUAGAUCCAAAGGGACCAUUCCCAUUUGAUAAGGUUGUGGAUGCUUUCUCUUAUCUUGAAACUGGAAGAGCCACUGGAAAAGUUGUCAUUCAUCCCAUUCCUUGAAAGAUGGCUCUCUCAUUUUGUACAAUUAGGAAAAGGAGGAGUGUUUAUUCCUCAAAGCCUAUUGUGGCAUUGUGGUUGAUAGAAACAUGUAUGUUGAUCAUGUUGGACACAGAGAAAUAAAUAACUAAGGAGGUUUUUGCA